AUGAGUGACCCUUCGGCCAGGAUGGGGACUCCUGGGCCCCAGGGAGCUGCGAAUCCCACCCACUGCCCCCGCAGCCUGGGGCGCACCGGGUCCUUUCCGCGCGAAGUGGGGCGCGGGGCUCCGCCGGCUCAGGGCGGCCCGAGCGCCGCGACGGCGGGGGCGAGCGGAAGCCAGGGCGGCGGCCGCGAGGACCGGGCGGCAGGUCGGACCCUCGGACCUCGAGCCAGAGAGAAUUUGGACCGUGACUCCUGGGUCAGAGAGAAAGUGCUGUUUCUUCUGCACCCAGAGAGGUGGUUAGGGACUCAAGGGGACCCUGCACGGGAAGAGGUGGCCGGUGGGGAGGACCUUCCUCAGGCGAGCGGAAACCACCACGACCGGGAACCCAACUGCCCUUCUCCUGCUUUUCAACCAGAAGGGCGAAUUUCUGGCGGGCGAGCAGCCGCUCCCUCCCGAGCCCCGCCGCGCGACCCCGCGGCUCCCGCUAAAUCAGUGCUCGUGCGGGUCGUGGAUUAUCAGGUGACGCAAGAAGUGCUGCAGACCGCGUGGACGAAGGGUCGCAUGACCAGGAGGACCGAGGAACAUUCCAUGACCGCGGUCACUUUUCGCACCGGCAGAGAGAGACAGCCUGUGUGGCACCGGACCCCUGCUGGACCCCGGGCUCUCCAGGCGCGGAGAGGGGCGCCCCGCGUCCGCGCCCCCAAGAGGAGUUUCACUGUCCAGAGACAUGAUGCCCGAAGGAGCUUAAACUCGAGAGAGGAGCCCGAGGAAUGUUCAGGUCUAGUGGAUGAGCGAUAA